CAGGUCACUGUGAGAAUGGGGGCACGUGGGACGGCACCAAGUGCCAGUGUACCGAAGGAUACUAUGGUGAGAAGUGCGAGAUCCCCAUCUGCCAGAACAACGGCACCAUGGUGGACGGUGUUUGCCGCUGCACCGAUAACUACCAGGGUGAAUACUGCGAGUACGCCAAGGAGGUCAUCGAGAUCAAAAACACGACGGUGAACGCGACAGUAGAGAUGAAGAUGAAGAUCGACAACAGGAACUUCACCGAAGACCUCAAAAAUAAGACCUCUCCGACUUUCAAGAGUUUUGAGACUGACUUCAAGGCUACGAUGGCGGAGGUUUACAAAGAUGUGAAGGGCUACCAAGAUGUGGAGAUCCACGAGCUGAUCCAGGGCAGCAUCAUUGUUAACUACACUGUGAUCCUGGAGGUCCUCGCCAACACGGCGGCCGACGAGACAGUGCAGAGCAUCUCCCAGAACCUCGUCCAAGCCGUCAACAACAACUCCGUCUGCAACAGCAGCUGCCAAGGAGACAACUGCGGCUUCUGUUUCAACCCAACCUUCACCAACGUCACCAACUAUGGGGUGGGAGAGGUUAAAACAGAUCUGUGCCGCGCCUUCGUGGGACAGGAGCUCAGGGACUACUACACCCCCUUGGUGACGUCCACCGGCGUCGUCUGCAUCACCAGAUGUGACAAACGCGCCCAAGACCCCUACACCUGCGUCCACGGCAGGUGCACCGUGACCCGCUCGGGACCACAAUGCGAGUGCUCGGACCAGGCUGCCUUUUGGUACCAAGAUGACAAAUGCAGCUCGAGGAUCAGCAAGAUAGCGGUGGCCGUAGGUGUGCCCGUAGGCGUGUUGAUGGUGGUCAUCAUCAUCCUCACCAUCUUCCUGGUCCGGGCACAGAGGAGGAAUGACGAGCUUAGGCAAGUGCGCGGCCGUGGGGUGGGUGGUGCCAGCUUCUCAUCCCCCUCCAUCCCACCCCGUCGGAUCAAGUUGGCCUCCCGCAAGGAACGCUACUAUGACGAGGAUGAAAGUUGGAGCAGCAUGAAGGGCUUCGCCAUCCGCAACCCAGCAGCUAUGUCGCAAGGCUCGGUGACCUACAGCUCCCCCUACAUCGAUCUGGAGAGGGCGGAGCCCUGGCAGAAGAUGCAACGACCAUCUUUCAUCAGACCCUGA